GUUAGUAAUUACCUGUGUUGACUCCACCAAUAAAUCAGACGUACAUCUUUGAAUAUUUCAGUACGCAACGAUUUCUUGGCGAAGAUGUUACCAGUUAUCUUAUUUUCACUAAUUAUAAUUUCUGUGUCUCAGGCUUCACCAUGGGACACCCUUUCAGCAACCAUCGCCGUCGUGGAAUUUGAGCCAGUCUAUAACGAAAGACUCACAGACAAUGAAAUAAUAGAAGCGAACCUCGUCAAGUACUUAGAUAUAUUAAAUACUACAGUGGUCACAAAUAAUAAGACACUUGAUAUGAUCAUAUUUCCUGAAGGAAGUCUUGGUGUUAUUGGCGAAACUUCUGUGGAAAUGGCAACAGGAGACAACCCCUUCUAUGACCUCAAAGAAUAUCCAGACUUUAUGAAAACUUUAUCUUUCACGGCAGCCAACUUUACAACAUACCUCGUCACUAAUCUAGUUGAAAAAGUGAAAUGUGAUGACACAUCUUCUAGUGAUAGCGAAAAUUGUAAGAACACUGGGUACUACUAUUACAACACAGAUGUGGUCUUCGACAGAAAUGGCACCAUCAUCAGCCGAUAUCACAAGUACAACCUCUUUGGUGAGUUCGACAUGGACAGACCUGAUGAACCAGAAAUAGAAACGUUUGAAACCGACUUUGGUGUCAAGUUUGGCAUCUUCACUUGCUUUGAUAUUUUAUUCAAAAGUCCAGCUCAACCCGUCUUGACUGAGAACAUAGAUGCCAUCGUCUACCCCACCGAGUGGCACGCAGAGCUCCCAUUUUUAACAGCUCUUCAAACCCAACAGAUGUUCGCUUACGACCACAAAAUUAUGUUGUUUGCUGCUGGUGUAAAUGAACGAAGCGCGUCCAGUGGUGGAAGCGGAGUUCACAGAAGUACUCACGAUACCAUUUUGAACACAAUUGUGGCUGAAGGAGGUUCUAAAACUUUAAUAUAUGAAAGUGUGAACGGAAUUGUGGUGGCUCCCGAAGUUCAGGAUGUCGACGUUUUGGGUAAAGAAAUGGACGAUUUCCCUCUAUGGAUCGAUGCCAGUCUUCAAAAUUUCACGUGGACACCUUUAAACACGACCAGUUCGCAACCCAUCGAAGAUCAAGUUUGUCAUGGAAAUGACACAGAAAACCCUUUCUGUUGUAAUUUCAACAUCAGUUUGACCACAAGUAAAGAAACCGGUACUUCGUAUUCUUACCUCCUGGUGGCUUUCUCAGGCCUUCGUCACUACCCCAACAUCAGCGACGGUGGUCUUGAAAUCUGUGGAGUCAUCGCUUGUCUCAACGCUUCGAUAUCUUCCUGUGGUCAAAGAUUUCCGAAAUACGACGAAAUUGUGUGGCCUGUAACGUUUGAGGAACUUACCAUUACAGCUAAUUUCGAAGUCAGUGACAAUAAGACGCAGUUCCCCAAUACUUUGUUGAGUUCGAUUCGACCGAUUAACGCGAAUGAGACGGAAUGGAGUGGCAAAAAUGUUGAUGAAGAUGGGAAAACGGUGAUCCAGACGUUCGCUCUUAAGAAACCACAAAAUCGGCUGUUGACUUUUGCGAUUUAUGGACGAGAUUUCGGACAAGAUGUGUUUCCAAGAGAUGACGAUCACAAUGAUACAGGUGCUGCAAGUUCCAUUUCAAGUACUCUGCUAAUUUUGGGCUGUUCUCUGGUUUUGUCUGUAAUGAUACAUGUGUAAAAUACAUGUACGUAGAGAUGCAUUUGUCAUAAAGUUAAAAUGUAAAUUAAUUUUUAAUAUAAUUUUUACUGUGUAACAACUUGUUAAGUACUAACUAUAUUUAGCUAAUAGAUAUCUGUGUGAAAUAAAACAUCGUACAAUUCAAAAAAUAAUUUUUAAA